CGGCGAAAAAUUUUGUUGCAGGGUCAUAUGAACCGUCGCCGUUGUUAGUGACGUACGUAGGUGUUUAUGUGUGUGUAUGUGUAGUUGAGGGAUAAAGAAGUAGUCAAAAAAAUGGCCCGUACCAAACAAACUGCUCGUAAAUCGACCGGUGGAAAAGCUCCACGAAAACAGCUUGCCACUAAGGCAGCAAGAAAAGCGCACCCCGCCACUGGAGGAGUGAAAAAACCUCAUCGCUACAGGCCCGGUACAGUGGCACUGCGUGAAAUUCGUCGUUAUCAGAAAAGCACCGAACUGUUGAUUCGUAAAUUGCCCUUCCAACGCUUGGUCAGGGAAAUAGCCCAGGAUUUCAAGACCGAUCUUCGUUUCCAAAGUUCUGCCGUUAUGGCACUCCAAGAAGCGAGUGAAGCGUAUCUUGUCGGACUUUUUGAAGAUACCAAUUUAUGUGCCAUCCAUGCAAAACGCGUCACCAUCAUGCCUAAAGACAUCCAACUGGCAAGACGUAUUCGAGGAGAACGAGCUUAAAAUGAAAAAAUAAACAAAAAAAAAAACGGUUCUUUUCAGAA